AUCGAACUACUUAUAACUAGCAAUCAAAUGUCUUCCUCACCUAGUAGCUAUAACGUACAAUCAAGUAAAUCAAGUGUGGUUUGGCGUUCAUUAUUGCCAAAUCUUCAAUGUAUGCAAGUGCUACUUAUCGAAGUACUCUCAGUGCUAGACUUGUACACAUUUGACAUGAUAUCACCUGGCGGUAGUAGGCUUAGCGAAGGUUAUACCAUUUUACCUGAUGAUUGCACAAAUAGAAGUCAGGUGCAUGAAGGAGGUGUAAAAACAAUUACGCUUGUAGAUGAAUACCUGAAACAAUUAUACAAUCCAACAUUUGCAUAUAUAGAAUACCUGGGAUGUUCUGCUCGGAAAGGUCGUAUUUCAAUUCCCCAAGACAAGCCACUUAACCUGUAUAAUAUUGAGUAUCAUGGAAAUCAUGAUCCUGAUCACAUUCGGAAAAAACUAUAUCGAAUGUCGAGUUCAAUAAGAAAAACCAUCAUGAACAGA